AUGGCUUCACCCCUGGAUCCCGGACACACGCACUCCGACCUCCGUCGCGGUCCCCCCAAGCGCCUCGUCAUCUGCUGCGAUGGAACAUGGAUGGAUUCACUGGGUAAGAAGGGAAGCGAGCCUCCAUCAAACGUGACGCGCAUAUCGCGCGUCCUGUGCCGGACCUGCUGCGAUGGCACCCACCAGGUCAUCAACUAUUUUGCGGGCGUGGGCACGGCGAAUUCCAUUGACCGGUUUACGGGCGGUGCUUUUGGAAUGGGCCUUGAUCAGGACAUUCGCGAGGUUUACAAUUUCAUUUGCACGAACUAUGUUGAUGGGGAUGAUAUUAUCCUGAUUGGUUUCUCGAGGGGAGCGUUUACUGCUCGGUCGGUCGCUGAUAUGAUUGCCUCGGUUGGCUUGCUCACUCCGGAGGGGUUUGAGAGGUUUCAUGCUAUUUUUGAGGAUUACGAGAAUAUGGGGAAUCCGACGAGGGAUCCGGCUGAGUAUAUGGUUGGUGACUUGCCGGCGUAUAAUGGUUCGCAUGGUCAGGCGAAGAUUCAAUGGGAGAGUGCGAGGAUGGUGCAGUAUAAGAAUUGGUUGAAAACGAUGAAAUACACCAGAGACACAUACCACGAUGGCAAGACCGAAAUCAAGGUCAAGGCCCUCGCCGUGUGGGACACGGUGGGAACGCUCGGCAUCCCUCCGGCUCCCGUGAUAGGGGUUCGCGGGUUCACCAACACCCAAAUCUCCAACAAAGUCGAAAACGCCUUCCAAGCGCUUGCUCUCGACGAGCCGCGCUAUGCCUUCCGCCCAUCACUGUGGGAGCGCCUCCCCGGGAGCACCACCAAUCUCAAGCAGGUCUGGUUCCCGGGCAACCAUGGCAACGUCGGCGGCGGCUGGCACGACCAGCAGAUCUCAGACAUCACUCUAGCCUGGAUGUGCGACCAACUCUCCUCAGUCGGCGUGGAAAUCAACUUCCGGCGCAUGACGGCCGUCUUCCUCGAAACCCUCCGCUACUCAGCCGCCCAUCCCUUCCCCUGUGUCCCGCAGCGUGGCGCGUCAUCCUUCCUCUCUGUUCCUGUGCCGGGACUUGACUUUCUAAAACGCUCCGUAGGCAAGUUCUUCGGUCGCAAUUCCACACCAGACGCGCCCCUCCCCUGGGCUACUGCCUCGCAAAUCUUCCACUCCAGCCGCUCCAACCCCAAGCGUGAUAGUGUGGAAUGCACUUUCCGCUCCCGCCUGCCCGACCGCGACCGCCCCGACUCCCGUGUCGACCGUGACCGUGACCGUGACCGUGAUGAUGACAAACCGUCAUGCAACCACGCUGCUGCCUCAACUUCCGCACCACAACUGCUCUCCGCGGGGGCUCGUGCUUGGGGUUUGGGGACGAUCCGCUCCCCGACGAGUGUGAUCACCACCAUGGCGGGGAAGACUGUCCGGUGUCCCGGGCUGGUCCUGCGCGUGGACGAGACGACGAAUGAGGAUACCGGCGAGCCGCUUCUGUACACCAACGAGCGGAUUCAUGCCUCGGUACGGGUAAGGCUGGCGUGUGGAGGGUUGGGGUUGGAUGAUGGUGGGGUUUGGCAGUGCGAGGCGUUGCGUGGUGGGGAGGGGGUUGAGAAAGGCAGGGGGAGAUGGGAAUUGAAAAGGGGGGUUAGUGGUGAGUUGGGGAGGGGGGAACUCGUGGAGGUUGCGGAGAAGGUGGCAGCUGCUGCUGGGUUGGGGGCCGGGUUGAAGGGGGGGUUGCCUGAGGCGAGGUUGAGGUCGGGGGAGUAUCCGAUGGAGGUGCUGUAUCCGGUGGAAAGGGAUGAUCAUGCGUGGAAGUGGGUUUUUGAUGGGGAGCUGAAGGGACACGGGGCGGCUACUAUGGUGCCGCAGGUUAGGGAGUUGCCGGAGGAACCGCUUGUUGGGUACUGGGAGAGGUAUCUGUUGCGGUUGAUGGCCGGGGAGGGGGAGAAGGAUGUGUGGAAGUUUGCUCGGAGGGGGGUUCAAGUUCCGAGUCGGGGGUAG